CCGCUGCCGCCCCGCUUACACGACAGGCAGAGAGUUGGUUGCUGGUCGAUGGGAGCCGUGAUGUCAGGGUUAAGCUUUGCAUAUGAGUGGAGGAGCUAGAAAGAGGACUUCCUGUAUUCGGAGCUCCAUCCAAACCGACUGCUGGAGUGUGUGCGGAGUAUAAACUCGAAUGUCGCUACAGUAAAUCACCAAUCCACUCUCGCACCUCGUCGCCUUCAAACCCAGCAUCGUGGUAGCGGCUACUGCGAGUCAAGCGCACCGCAGCCUGCGUGUCUCAGUCGGGAUAGCACACAGGCUCUGCAGAACCACUGAAUAUACGACGGGCCCUAGAAAUAUUACUGCAGUGCUGACAUUACCGCUGCAAGAAGGAUCAUUUCACAGCAAAACAGCGGAAUUUAUUACUUACCGGCAUUUCUGAAGCGAUUGAUGCACCGAGUCUUGAUGUGAUCAUUCUGUGCACUCUUCAAGGUAUGGCUGUUCUCAAACUCACUGACCAGCCCCCGCUGAUCCAGGCCAUAUUUAAUGGGGAUCCGGAAGAAAUCCGAAUGCUGAUCUAUAAGACAGAGGAUGUCAAUGCUUUGGACUCAGAGAAACGGACCCCCCUGCAUGCUGCAGCCUUCCUGGGGGAUGCAGAGAUCACUGAGCUCCUCAUCUUGUCAGGUGCCCGUGUGAAUGCCAAGGAUAACAUGUGGCUGACUCCCCUGCACAGAGCCGUGGCAUCGCGCAGUGAGGACACGGUGCGCGUGCUGAUCCGACACUCUGCCGACGUCAACGCGCGCGACAAGAGCUGGCAGGCGCCGCUGCAUGUGGCUGCGGCCAAUAAGGCGCUGCGCUGCGCUGAGGUCAUCAUCAUCCCUCUCCUCAGCAGCGUGAACGUGUCAGACCGGGGGGGCAGGACGGCGCUGCACCACGCUGUGCUCAACGGACACGUGGAGAUGGUUAACCUGCUGUUAGAAAAGGGAGCCAAUAUCAACGCCUUUGAUAAGAAGGACAGGAGGGCACUGCACUGGGCUGCUUACAUGGGUCACCUGGAGGUGGUGUCGUUGCUGAUCAACCACGGAGCGGAGAUCUCCUGCAAGGACAAGCGUGGCUACACCCCCCUCCACGCUGCGGCCUCCAACGGGCAGCUCGGGGUGGUCAAGCACCUGCUCAACCUAUCCGUGGAGAUUGAUGAAGCCAAUGCGUUUGGUAACACGGCUCUGCACAUCGGCUGUUUCAAUGGGCAGGACGCGGUGGUGAGCGAGCUCAUUGAUUACGGAGCCAACGUGAAUCAGCCCAAUAACAAGGGCUUCACCCCCCUGCACUUCGCAGCGGCCUCCACACACGGGGCUCUGUGCCUGGAGUUCCUCGUCAACAACGGGGCCGAUGUCAACAUACAGAGUCGAGAUGGGAAGAGCCCCCUCCACAUGACUGCAGUGCACGGCCGCUUCACUCGCUCACAGACCCUCAUCCAGAACGGUGGAGAGAUCGACUGUGUGGAUAAGGAUGGGAACACCCCUCUGCACAUCGCAGCCCGCCACGGACACGAGCUCCUGAUCAACACUCUCAUCACCAGCGGAGCCGACAGCACAAAGCGUGGUAUCCACGGCAUGUUCCCGCUGCACCUCGCUGCUCUCAAGGCUCACUCUGACUGCUGCCGCAAGCUGCUCUCCUCAGGCCAAAAGUAUAGCAUUGUUUGCUCGUUCAGUAACGAGUCGGUCCUGUCUGCAGGCUUUGAGAUAGACACCCCGGACAGCUUUGGAAGGACCUGUCUGCACGCUGCGGCCGCCGGAGGAAAUGUUGACUGUGUGAAACUCCUGCUGAGCAGCGGGGCAGACUUUAACAAGAAGGACAAAUGUGGAAGGACCCCGCUACACUACUCUGCGGCGAGCCGUCACUUCCAGUGCAUCGAGACGCUUGUUUCCACGGGAACCAGCGUGAACGCAGCCGACGACUGGGGCCGCUGUGCCCUGCACUACGCAGCGGCCUCUGACCUGGACAGGAAGAGGCGCGGUAUUUUGGGGGAGACGCACGGAGCGGUGGAGGAGAAUGAGGGAUCCCAGGAGGAGAGAGAGAAGGAAGCCUCGCUGUGUCUGGAGUUCCUGCUGCAGAACGAAGCAAACCCGUCACUCCGAGACAAGCAGGGCUACAGCGCCGUGCAUUAUGCUGCAGCCUACGGGCACAGGCACUGCCUCGAGCUGAUCACCAGCAAAGCCCCCCUGAAGAUGCUCCUGGACCGGGCUCACAGCAGUCCAGAGGAUUCAGGAUCUCAGGGUGGAGCGAGGAGCCCCCUGCACCUUGCGGCGUAUCACGGGCACGCGCAGGCUCUGGAUGUGCUGCUGCAGUCUGUGUCGGACCUCGACGCUGUGGAUGAGGGGGGCAGGACGCCGCUGUCUCUCGCUGCUCUACGCGGACACACAGAGUGUGUGGAAGCUCUGCUGAGCCAGGGGGCCUCCGUCAACGUGACGGAGAAGAGCCGAGGCAGGACCCCUGUGCACCUGGCAGCAAUGAAUGGACACACGCUGUGCCUGCAGUUGCUGAUAGAGGGCGCUGAGAGUGCAGACAUUGUGGACGUCGCUGACUCCCGAGGACAUACCCCCCUCAUGCUUGCCGUGGCGAAUGGUCACAUGGAUGCCGUGGAUCUGCUGCUGCUGGACAAGGAGGCGAGGGUGGACCGAGUGGACUCGCAGGGCUGUACCGCCCUGCAUCUGGGGAUCCUCACUGGUCAUGAGGACUGUGUUCAGCUGCUGAUGGAGCAGGAGGCCUCAUACCUGUUGGGUGACUGUCGCGGUCGCACGGCUCUCCACUUUGCUGCGGCGCGAGGCCAGGCCACGUGGCUCUGUGAUUUCCUGCCAAACACCUUCUCCGAGGGGAACCCUGCACUGCGGGACAGCCAGGGCUACACGCUGCUGCACUGGGCCUGCUACAACGGUCAUGAGAACUGUGUGGAGGUCUUGUUGGAACAGAAAGUGUGUCGCAGCUUUGAGGGGAACUCCUUCUCCCCGCUGCAUUGCGCUGUGAUAAAGAAUCACGAGAGCUGUGCCUCGAUCCUGCUGGACACGCUGGGUUCCGGCAUCGUGGAGUGCAGAGACAUCAAGGGCAGGACCCCCCUGCACGCGGCUGCCUUCUCCGAUAGCGUGGACUGUGUGCAGCUGCUCCUGAGCCACGGAGCGCCCGUCAACACCGUCGACCAAUCAGGGAGGAGUGCUGUCAUGAUGGCAGCAGAGCACGGCCGGGCUGGGGCUGUAGAGGUGUUGGUGACGAGUGCCAAUGCGAACCUGAGCCUGAGGGAUGAGAACAAGAACACAGCGUUCCACCUGGCCUGCAGUAACGGCCAUGAGAAAUGUGCCUUGUUGAUUCUCGGCAAGAUAGAGGACCAGAACCUCAUCAACGCCACCAACGCAGCCCUGCAGACUCCUCUCCACCUCGCUGCCAGGAAUGGACUGAAGCAGGUCGUCCAGCUGCUCCUCUCUCGAGGGGCGAGUGUACAGGCACUCGAUGAGAACGGUCACACCCCAGCCUUGGCUUGUGCUCCUAACAAAGACGUGGCUGACUGCCUGGCCCUCAUUCUGGCUACCAUGAUGCCUUUGUGCUCCCCUUGCAGCUCGGGACCCCCUCUGUUGAAGCCUGGCCGGUCGGGGAGGGGGGGCUGUGAUGUGCGGGACCCUCACGCUCGCCAGGGUCACGGCUGCUCCAGCGAGCCCCCCUCUCCCCAGAGCAGGAACAGCCAAGCGGAGGAGAAUGAUUCAGACUCGGAGACCUUUUGAGACACAGCGACGUGACACUGCUUUCCAUGUGCUUCAGUGCAGCCUGCCUGCCUGCCUGCCUGCCUGCCUGCCUCCCUGUACAGCCCAAGAAAUGCUAAACAGAUCCAAAUUCUCAACGCGGUGUGGGGAGAGUGCAGGAAACUCCAGCACCCAGAGCUGGGAGCUGUGCUGGUCUCCAGCUGGUCAUGCUGGCCUCCAGCAGAGACUGUAAAGUCCUGUCUUACUGUAUCGUUCUACAGCUCACUAGCUGAUGUCUGUGAAUCUAGUUGGUGUAAAGCUUUUUUAUAAACCAGUAUAGGGUCAGUUACCAACCAGAAAACAAUGAACCUGUUUUCUCAGUUCUUCUGCUGUCAAAGUCCCUGUCCUUGUGAGAUGAUGCCCAGGCCGAGCCCAGGACUCCAGUAUGUCAGUAGAAACAUGGCUGACGUCCUGCUCAACCCCCUCGUUUCAGGGAGGGGGUGGCGGCCUGUCAUUGUAGUCUUCUACACAAUCACUGUACCUUCAAACUGUGCAGCAGGGAUAGCUCUGAAUGCGUCCAGAGCGCUCAUUUAAUCCAAUCAGAUGACCCCUUAACUGCCAGCUCUCCCUCCGGCCUGUUGCAUAUGCAACAAGUUCUGCCGAUCCUCAGGUCUGUAGGUAUUGUAUCUAUCUGGGAGGGGGUUGCUAGCAAGUGAAAGAAAAAGUGCUGAGUUUCACUCUUGUGAGGAGGCAGGCAGACCACAUGGGCAGCCAAGUUGUUCUGGGUACAUUGUAACAGAUAAUGAAGUCUGUUCUUGCACUUGCACUGUCUGCAAACUGCACAGUAUUGCCCCCUGCAGCUUGCAUUGCUUAUUGCAGCUUGCAUUGCUUAUUGCAGCAGCAAAGGCAUUGUCAAAGCAAUGCAGUGUUCUGUAAUAAACAUGCUACUGCAAUGUACAUAUGCUGUAGUUUAAAUAUUUUAAACCGAAACGCAGUAGUUUUGAUCUUGGCGUUUUAAACAUUCUGCAUUGAUUCCAGAACCCUGAACUAACCUCUCAAUUAGAGCAGUGCAGGGAGUGGACUGCAGGGGGCAGCAGAGACACGGGCAUGGAAUCAGACUGCAGCAGGGGUUACAGUAAACUUAGUGGGACCAUGAGCUCCCCCCUGCACUCUGUGCCCUAAUAUUUAAAUGAUUUAUUACUGUUACGUAAUGGUACUAACGGAGCACACUUGUAUAGGGUGUAGUUCCAGAGAGAUCCUCCCGGAAGGGGUGUCUUGUCUCUUUUUUCUCCAGCAGGAAAGCUUUAGGGUGGGAAGGAUCACACUGUUGAGAAACUGGCUAGCUCUGCCCAUGUGUUUGAAGCUGGCUAACUGACCACGUGUUUUCUGCUCUAGUAGGGGACCCCUCGUCCACUGCGGUUUAGGGUCUGUCUGUGAACGGGGGUCCCGCUGCACGGAAUCAUACGGCUCCAAUGGACACACCCGCACAGCGCCAUCUGCAGGAAAAGGACCGACACAGUGGGGAAGAAUCAUCUGUUUGAUUUUAGAUUUUGUUGUUUUUGUUUUUUUGUCUUUUGUCUCUUAAUCAUUUUAAAUAAUAAUUUCUUUGGAACUUUGGACAACUGCCACUAGACCGCAUUCCUACACUUCACACAAGGACCUUGUUAAACCUUCUGAAACUGAUGGUAUGCCUUCUAGGGGGUUGUUGGACUAGCGGCAGGAGGGUGAGUGGACGAGUGAGUGAGCACUUAAUAAUGACAGUGUGACUGUUUUUUAAAAAACAUAAUAGUAUUUAAGACCAAGCAGAGACGCCAGGGUAAAUUGCCGGGCAGAGCGUUGUUGCUUUUCUAUUGAAAUCCCAAAGCGUUUCCUUCUGAAUACUGUAGCUGUUCUGCGACUCUGGUACCAUGCAGACUGGAUCGGUUCCCAGGACAGGCAGGCACAUCACUGAAAAUACCGUACUGGCAAGAAACAAGACAAGUCAUUUGUUUAUUGCUUUCACUGCAAAUGUAACGCACGUUUGAAAUCUUUAGUGACAUAAAGAAACUGUUUUUUUCCAAUCCCCUCUGUGUUGGGAGGGAUCUGUUCUUGUCUGAGAGGGCAGUGUGUGUGUGUGUGUGUGUGUGUGUGUGAGCGUGACUGGGUUCUGUGUCAAAGGUACGAUUUAUUAUUAUUUAUAUAAAGAAAUGUGUUCGCUGAGGAUGUCGGGACCACAUUGUCGACUAAGGUUUUGUGAAUCCCACAGAUCAGCUACUCGCUCACUGGGUGUGCGAGGGUGACAGUAUUCUUCUAGUCCUUCCUGUGUCUUGCCUGCUUGACAUGAGGCUCCUAGCAAUGGGGAUCUCUCCAGUGUCGCAAACCAAAAGAUUAAGACAUGUUCUGUGAUGUAAAAAGAGGCAAAAAAAAUGUUUUAAGCCUUAUUUCCCUUUUAUUUUUUCUUUACCUCUCCCCCAUUCUACUCUGUAGCAGCCCUUUCGUGUGUCACACCAUCCACAUUUCAGUAGUGUUAUAACUCUAGAUAGUUCCCUUCCUGUCAUGGUGUAGACUUUAAUUGUGUUAAAAUGUGUGUCAAACCUGCACCUCCAUUAGCGUGUCUGUGGCAAGGAUUGCUGGCACUGUACUGUACUGUACUGUACUGCAGCCACAAGUCUUUCCAACCUGUGAUCUACCAGCAGAACACUCAUGCCACUAAGGGGGGCGCGAGUCUCCAAGGAGAUUCAGUGAACAAUGGGAUUGAAACUAAUUCAACUUUGUUGAAAACUCUUAGCCGUGUGUAAACCAGUUUAGGACCUGGAUGCAGCUUUUUAAUUAGUGCACUUAAAUAAUUUAGAACAGGAUUGGAGCAAAGACUGGUCCUCCUGAGAGGCAGCCAGCAGUGUCGGUGCCUCUCUUCCCCUCUCCUCUCUAUAAGAGGGAGCUGUGGGUACCAGGUGGCUGGCUCUGUGUCUCCAUGAGGAAUUGUACUGCCUGGGGCUCCAGCUUUCUCCAGCGCUGUGUUUCCACUGUCCUGAAAUCCUGUUGAGGCAGCUGAUGAUUAGUGGGAUCAGUCACACAAACUCUUUAGAUACACCGUGCUCUGAUCUGAAGAGAGGAAUUAAAUAUCUUUUUACUGUAGAAACCUAGCAAGAAAUGGUUCCUCCACCCAAUGUCUUUCCUCCUUGGAAAUUGGCAAAAACGGGUCCCAUUGUCUCUGCCUGGAAUCGCAACAACUUCCCUUCCUGAGUUUCGGUUUCUAUAUUUGAAAGCAGACGCGUGAGCACAGUUGUAAUGGACAGAGCAAACACAGUGUGCUAGUGCUAGAAGCUGUGGGGAUGCUCUUAUUAGAUUAGAUACCCUACCCUACCCAUGUGCCACUCUCACUCAACUGUCCAGUGCCUUUUUACACCUCUUUGUAUUCUUAAGACCUCGAUUUGCUCUUUUAAAAAUGAUUAGAUUUUAUGUUUUUUGUGUUUUCUAUUCUGUGAUAUCAAAGCAAUAUGAGACCAGUGAAUUUUGUUCAUUCAGGGAGGGAGGAUUGUAGGUAAAAAUAAAAAGGUCCUCCACUCCUCUCUCUCUCUCUGUUGAAUGUAAAAACCAUUUUGUUUCAUAAACUUGUCAGGGUGCAGAUUUUUUUUGUACAGAGCAAUUGUUUUGUUUUAACAUGAGGCAGAAGAGCGGUGUUGACUAAUUAAUAAUAAUUAAAAAAAACGGUUUCUGGAGAACCCAACGGUAUGAAAUUGUACGUCAGUGUUAUUUUGAAAAGACCAUUGAAAGUUGUGACAAUCUGCUAACUGUGUGGGUUUCUGAUACUGUAGUUAACUAAGAUCUGUUUUAUAUAUAUUAAAAUAUAAUAUAAAUAUCA